CGUCCUCCCUUCUGUCAGCGCAGAAAGUUUUCAGCUACCGCCGCCAUUUUGUUGGAGACGGAGAAGAGGAUUUUGAGAUUUAUCAAUUGAGAAUAUGUCCUAGAGUUUAUAUCCAGUCGCUAUACUGGGUCCAGAUUGGGGGAUACGUGUGGAAUGUUUAAUGUAUGAUAUGUGAUUGUGUAUUAUUUGUUAUUGUUGGUGAGAGAUGUGUGUUUUAUGAAACAUGCGAUAAUGUAGUGCACGGAGAUGUGUGAUGGAGGGUCAGCAGGAUCCCGUUCGGCGUAGUAUCAACUCAACCUGAGCGCGGUAUGUAACUAAGUGAAACCACGAUGAUUAUUAGCCUUGUGUGCCUUUACCAUGCAGUUGUACAUCGAACAUCAUGGCAACGUUCUUGGCCUAUAGUGUGGUUAAUAUUUAACCUCACAAUCAUGUCUAUCAUUUUCAAGAAAUGUUGACAAUCUUCGCCAUUUGUGAAUUUUCAAGAGGUCUUGGAUUUUAGGCUUAAUCAACAUGGCUGACCAUCUAGUUGAAGGUCCUCCUAAUAAGCGACCAAAACUUUCUGAAAGUGCGAUAUCUGACAAUUCAGAUUUUACAUUUGGCAAACUUUGGGACUUGGAAAAUGAAUUGCCCGAAGAAUUAAUGGGAACAGCUGGUCUUGAACCAUCUGAUCUUCCAACACAAACUCAGCCAUCACAGUCAUCUACUCAACAGAAUCUUCUCAAUGGUACUGGUGAGAAUGUUUCUGUUGAAAGUAGUGUUGGAAGUGUAUCAGGUAGUGUUGGAAGGCAUCAGCAGCUCUCUCAGUUACUACAAACAAAGCCAAAUGUGUCACACAGUACUGUACCAACACCUCCAAGUCAUAGUGGAAUAGCAACAUCACAGCGGAUACCAAGUCCUAGUGUGUCUUUAUCAACGAUAACAGCUGUGAAAAGUCCUCAUGCAAAUAAUCUGACACCUCCAAAUGCAACUGUAAAUAAAUCUGGUACCCCUGUUUCAUCCACUGCCCAUAUUAAUGUUACUGAUGGUAGCAUAGCCAUCACAAAUAUUUCGAACAGUAUGGUUAACAGUUUAAGCAAUACAUCUGGAGGUAUGGGUAUGAAUAGUAACAUAAUGUUACUUCCAAGUAAAGGUGGAACUUUGGGUUCUCAAGGCAACUUAGUAUCCCUGCCAACAUCUGUUGCUAAUAACAGUAGUGGAGGUAAUUUGCAGCAUCAAAGCAACAUUGCUGUUGUUCAUCCACAAGUUAACCAGCAAAAUGCAGGAUCGCUUAUAAAUGGUAGUCAUAUGUCACUUGGAACCACUUCUCUGAGUAUGACAAGAGGUGUUAAUCCUAAUGUAUCAUCUGUAGUGUCUCAUAGUACUGUGCUUGCACCACAUUCACCUCAUCAAAAUAUUUUAGGUCAUCCUUCAUUAAAUAAUCAAGGUGCUAAUUUGAAGAAUCCUGGUGUCGCCCAAUUAGGACAAGCAAAUAAUGGUCCUUUUCAUGUGUACAAUGCUGUAUCUGCUCCUCAAAUAGGACUGCCCACUUCCAUAUCUUCCAUUUCAGUUAGUGGACAAAGACAAACUAUAACAAGUAUUGCUAUGAAUGUACCUCCCAGAUAUUCUGCUCCAGUUGAUUCAAAUCUAGCAAAUCCAUCUGUACCACAAAUGCCAGUUUCCAAUCUUCCUGUAACACAAAGUACAGGACAGCAGAGUUCACCAGUUACAGUAAGUGUUACACCAUCUGCUGUUGCAGCACCAGCACCAACUGCUGAUCCUGAGAAAAGGAAACUUAUUCAACAGCAACUUGUACUGCUUCUUCAUGCUCACAAGUGUCAGAGGCGAGAGAAUCAGUCAAAUGGAGAAGUAAGACAGUGUUCGUUACCUCAUUGUCGAACUAUGAAGCACGUCUUAAGUCACAUGACAACUUGUCAAGCUGGAAAAUCGUGUGGUGUUCCACAUUGCUCCUCUUCUCGUCAAAUUAUAUCACACUGGAAAAACUGUACACGAAGUGACUGUCCUGUGUGUUUGCCUUUAAAGCAAGCGUCUGAUCGCAGACAGCAGCAAGCUGCAGCUGCAGUUCAGACGAAUCAAUCAAGUCAGGGUCCUGCUCCAGCAGAUAUGCAAAGAGCAUAUGCUGCUCUAGGACUUCCUUUCAAUGCUGGUAAUGGUAGUGCAAAUAUAAAUCCUGUGAUACAGAGGAGUCAAACUGUUGGUGUUCCUCAUGUGAAUGAUCAAGCUCCCCAGUGUUCUCCACAAAACAUCCAAACACCACAGCCAGCACAAGCUCAACAGUCUCAAGUUCAGCUGAGGCCAUUGUUACAAAAUUGUGGCUCAGGAGCCAUUGCGAAUCAGUCAGCUCAAAAUUUUCUUCUGUCGGAUAACCUGCAGUCAAAAGUUAAAACUGCCAAUGUGACAUUAUUAAAUGCACCACCAAAUCAAGUUGCUCCUGUUGUACAAGGUGUGAUCCCUGAUAAUCCAGCUACAACAAAAGACUGGCAUCAGUCUGUUACUCAGGAUUUAAGACACCAUUUAGUUCAAAAAAUAGUUCAGGCUAUCUUUCCUACAACUGAUAUAUCUGCCUUGCAAGAUAGAAGAAUGAUUAAUCUAGUCGCUUAUGCCCGGAAAGUUGAAGGUGAUAUGUAUGAAGCAGCAAAUAGCAGAGAAGAAUAUUAUCAAUUGCUUGCUGAAAAGAUAUAUAAAAUCCAGAAGGAAUUAGAGGAGAAACGUCAAAAGCGAAAAGAAAUGCAACUGCAGCAAGUACAUCAAGUUGCUACUGCUGUUGGCCCAAUGCUUAAUACUGCUACUGGAACUCCCAGUCCUAAACUUGCUGGAUCUGGUGCAAUAGCACAGCCUCAUCUGUCUAACCUCAAUAUCUCAAGUAAUCCACAGAGGAUGCCUCCGCCGAACAUAACUGUGCCCACGAAUACAGGGCCUCGAGGUUCUGAUCUCUUUUCACCACCUGGGUCUCAGCUGUCAAUCUCUUUAAAUACCAAUCUAAAUGUGACUUUAAAUCAAGGCCAGUUUAAUCAGCCUCAGGCAAGACGUAGUCCAUUACCAUCUGUUCAUUUUAAUAACCUGUCUGGCCCUGUAACCACUGUUGCAAAUACUUCCAUUGAUACAUCUUCCAUUCCUUCCACUGUGAGUGGAAUAUCUGUUUCCCAGUUCAGUUCAUCUUCACAGCAAAGCCAUCCCCAGAUGACAGAUGCUUUCAAAACCAGGCAACUUUCGAUGCCACAGCAUCAGCAGGCUACAAGAUUGGUUGGUCAAGCAAAUCAAGGGCAGUUGAUUAUGACAAAUUUAAAUGCACAGAUCCAGAUGAUUAAUCAGCAGCAACAACAAAAUCAAUUACAGCAAGUAACAUCUCAACAGUCACAGCAAACACAGCCUCAUUUGAAUCAGAUGAUGUCUAAAUCUCAGUCAGGUCUUUCUCCCCAGAUGCCUUCUCAUUCUGGAGGAUUACAGAUUCCUCAAUCAUCUACACCUCAACCACAAUCUCAGCAAACUCCUGUACAGCAGCCACCUAGAGCAGCAUCUGUUCCAGGAACUCGUCCCCAAACUCCUUCCACUCCACAGUCCCAGCAAAGUCAAACACAGCCACAGCCUCCACAACUUCAGCAACAGUUGCAAAACCAUGCAACAGUUCAACCAGCUCAACAGUCUGUACUUAAUGUAGAGGACAGCAGUGAGGAAUUCAAGCCUCUUAUUUCCCUUUCCCAAGAAAGUGGUGUUUCAUCUGUAAACCAAACUGAUACACAGUGUACAAACACUCCAGUAUCAUCUACCUCUGAUCAAGGAUCAGUUCAAACUGGAGGGAAGGUUUUUGCUUUUGCAUCUCAAAAAUCAGCAGGAGAAAGUAAUUGCAGUGAAAAAAUGGAAGUUGAUGUUGAUGUUAAAAGUGGGUGUGGGAAAUCAGAGGCAAUGAUGGACAUGAAACCUAGUACUAAACUUGAACCUAAAAGGGAAAUAAAGCAAGAGCCAGCUGAGGAUACAGGGUAUGCCACAGGUUCAUCUACAAAAGAAGAACCAGUGAUUGUGAAGGAAGAACCUUCUACACCUCAGUCAGCUGCAUGUAUUAAUGAAACUACUACAGAUUCAAAGCCAGACUCCUCUAGUGAAUCUUCUCAGCCACCUCCUAAGCUCAGACCUAAUAAGAAAACAUUCAAACCAGAUGAAUUGCGUCAAGCAUUAAUGCCUACGUUAGAGAAGUUAUAUAAACAGGAUCCUGAAUCGCUGCCGUUUCGCCAGCCUGUUGAUCCACAGCUACUUCAGAUUCCGACGAAAGGCAACAAAGACGCAACUUCAUAUAUCAAAAGACAAGACACAAUGGAUUACUUUGACAUAAUAAAGAGACCAAUGGAUUUAUCAACAAUAAAACGCAAAUUAGAUACAGGACAGUAUCAAGAUCCUUGGCAGUAUGUUGAUGAUGUGUGGCUAAUGUUUGAUAAUGCUUGGUUGUAUAACAGGAAGACUUCAAGAGUCUACAGGCAUUGUUCAAAGCUUGCUGAAGUUUUUGAACAAGAGAUAGAUCCAGUUAUGCAGUCGCUCGGAUACUGUUGUGGUCGGAAGUACGUCUUCCAACCUCAAGUUCUGUGCUGCUAUGGUAAACAGCUGUGCACUAUACCUAGAGAUGCCAAAUACUGGAGUUACCAAAAUAGGUACACUUACUGUCAGAAAUGUUUCUCUGAAAUUCCUGGGGAUACUGUUACUCUUGGUGAUGACCCUACUCAGCCGCCAACCAAUAUAAAGAAAGAGCAAUUUGUGGAAAUGAAGAAUGAUCAUUUAGAACAAGAGCCGUUUGUUGAAUGCAGCGAUUGUGGUAGAAAGCUUCACCAAGUGUGUGCUCUUCAUUUUGAAACUAUUUGGCCAGAAGGAUUCACCUGUGAAAACUGUUUAAAGAGUAAAGGCAAAAAAAGAAAAGAAAACAAGUUUACUGCUAAAAGAUUACAGCAGUCAAAACUUGGACAAUACAUUGAAAAUCGUGUGAACAGUUUUUUGAAGAAAAAGGACUGUGGUGCUGGUGAGGUUACUAUUCGUGUGGUAUCAAGUUCUGAAAAGUUUGUUGAAGUGAAACCUGGUAUGAGAGCUAGGUAUGUGGACAGUGGAGAAUGGCCCGAACAGUUUCCUUAUAGAGCAAAAGCUUUGUUUGCUUUUGAAGAAAUUGAUGGCGUUGAUACUUGCUUUUUUGGCAUGCAUGUCCAGGAAUAUGGUUCUGAAUGCGCUCUUCCUAAUACACGGCGUGUAUAUAUAGCAUAUCUAGACAGUGUUCACUUUUUUCGGCCAAAGCAAUUUAGAACUGCUGUGUACCAUGAAAUACUUCUUGGCUAUCUUGAUUAUGCAAAACAGUUGGGGUACACAAUGGCACAUAUUUGGGCUUGCCCACCAAGUGAAGGUGAUGAUUACAUAUUUCACUGCCAUCCUACUGAACAAAAAAUUCCAAAACCAAAGCGAUUGCAGGAGUGGUAUAAAAAGAUGCUUGAUAAAGGUAUCAUGGAUAGGAUAGUUAUGGAUUAUAAGGAUAUUUUGAAGCAGGCUACAGAAGAUCAUUUGAAGAGUGCAUCAGAAUUACCAUAUUUUGAAGGAGAUUUUUGGCCUAAUGUUUUAGAGGAGAGUAUUAAGGAGCUUGAUCAGGAAGAGGAAGAAAAGCGAAAAGCAGAAGCAUCUGCAGCUGCUGCUGCUGAGGCAGCAGCAAGAGCUGCAGCUGCUGCAUCAGAUGUGAAUGGUGAAGGAGAAGAUAGCAUGGAUGGUAAAAAGAAAGGACAAAAGAGUGGCCGGAACAAAAAAUCUAACAAAAGCAAAAACAAUCAGCGUAAAAACAACAAGAAGUCCAACGUUCCUUAUACUGGUAAUGAUUUGUCAGCAAAAAUUUAUUCCACUAUGGAGAAACAUAAAGAGGUUUUCUUUGUGAUUCGUCUGCAUUCUGUUCAAGCUGCUGCUAGUUUACCUCCUAUUGUGGAUCCUGAUCCUUUUAUUACAUGUGAUAUGAUGGAUGGUAGAGAUGCAUUUUUAACACUGGCUAGAGAAAAACAUUAUGAAUUUUCUUCAUUGCGUAGAACAAAAUUUUCAACUAUGGCUAUGUUGUAUGAAUUGCAUAAUCAAGGUCAAGAUCGUUUUGUUUAUACUUGUAAUAACUGCAAGAAACAUGUCGAAACAAGAUAUCAUUGCACUGUUUGUGAUGAUUUUGAUUUGUGUGUGAAUUGUUUUGACAAAGAGGGCCAUAAUCACAAAAUGGAAAAAUUGGGCUUUGGCUUAGAUGAUGAUUCUGCAACUUGUGAUCAAAAGCAGACUAAUCCCCAAGAAUCUAGAAGGUUGUCUAUUCAACGAUGUAUACAAUCCUUGGUACAUGCAUGCCAGUGUCGAGAUGCAAACUGUCGUUUGCCUAGCUGUCAGAAGAUGAAAAGAGUUGUUCAGCAUGCAAAGAGUUGCAAAAGGAAAACAAAUGGUGGCUGUCCAAUCUGUAAACAGCUUAUUGCGUUAUGCUGUUAUCAUGCUAAGCAUUGCCAGGUAAAAUAA